CAUUUUAAUUUACAUUGCAUUUAUUGUUUUUUGUACGUUGAGUCUCUUAAAUUUACAGUACAACAAAAAGUAAUCAUUGUUGGGAAAAUUUGCAUGACAUUUCUGUAAAUAUAUGUUUGCCCUCUCACAAUCCCUUCGCUUGUUAUGGCACCAUACGCCUAAGCCACCUUAAUCGUACAACAAAUCCAUUGACUAUAGAAGUGUGUGGAAACUAAACAUGUUUGAAAGGAUCUCAUGAGUCAUUGGGUAAACAACAGAUGCGAAAAAAAUUUUUAAAAUGACUUCAGCAAAAAUUGUGUUUUAACAUCAAUUUGUAACAUAUUUGAUGAAAUAUUCCGUCAUAUUGAUUUGCCUGCAUUGGUCACUUGUUCCAUACAUAAUUGAUAUGUUUGCAUUCAAGGCGAAGUUUUUUAGAUUAACCAGGUACAAAAAUGUUUAGUAGAGAAGAAGCAAUAAAAUUUGAAAAUCCAUAUAGAGUUGUUAACUUUAAAAGAGAAAAUGAAAAGCGUAUUAAUGCUGUUUCACUUCAAGAAUUAAUGAGUAUUGCUCAACUAUUAUUUCAUAUUCCAGUACACCACAGGAUAACCAUUGUAUUGGAACAAGAUGGUACUGAAAUAGAUGAUGAAGAAUAUUUUGCGACGCUAGAUAAAAAGUUACCUUUAAUGAUUCUUGAUCAAAAUGAAAAAUGGACUGCAGUUAAACUAAAAACUUUAACACCUCAUCUGAUGUUCUUCGAUGAUACCGAUCAUUGUUCUCAAACUUCUGUCUCAAAAAUCAACAAAAAAUGUAAUGAUUGCAGAAUGCCAAUUGAAAUAUUAGUAUCUUCUCUACAUCAUGAGCCUUCUCAACUAUCUGUCCCAGGCAACACUGAUCUUGAGAUGCUAAGUGACAUGGAUCCCAAUAGUUUGGCUGAUAUCAUUUCAGAUAGGCAAUGGACUAAACAGAUACUUUUAUAGCCAGUGCAAUCUGUACAAUAGCGUGGGAUACGGAGAGUGGGGAGAGACUACUACGUUAUUUGUUGAGUCAAGCAAUACGUUUACGCUUACAGUGGCUGCUGUAAAUGUCUAGGUAUACGCUGUUGACACGCGGCAAAGGGACUGCGGGGAGGAGCUAGUAGCCGAGUAUGACCGAAGAAAGACAAACAAAAGAGAGCCGUCAAGUCCUACGGUGCGUGCUCAGGAAGAGAGAGAGAGAGCUGCGUGUGGCAAUGUACAUAGCUCUAUACACGGCUGUGUUACUAUAGCAGGGUCGGAAAAAAGUCUUGUGACACUUUUUUUAGUCUAUUCCCCAUUCUCUUAAAACUGAUAACGCGAGAAAAGGAACUUCGUUCAAAAAAACCAGUAGAACGUGUCACAGGCCAUGCGCUUGAAACGAAGUCACUGUCGUAUGUAGCAUUGUCAUGAUUAAUCAUUAACGUGCUCGGCUCUUCUUCUCUCUACCCACCCCUCCUUUCACUGUUAUAUAGUCAACCAAAACCUCUCUUUUUAUGCACCUUGAUGAAUUAAUUUCCCUGCAGGAAACCUGUAAAAGUUAUUAUUUACAAUCUAUCUUGAUGUACCAUUUAUCGUAACGCUUUGUUGUCACGUUACAUUUUAUCUUGUAUGAAUCCCCGCGCUAAACCAGGCGUUAAGAAUUUCGUUCCAAUAAAUUUUAAUCAAACAGCACUAGUCAAUUAUCUUUCAAGUCCACGUGUUUAGAAUUAACAUAUUAAUUAAGUCUAGAAUUCAAGUAAUUGUGAGCACAUAAGCAUGUGUGGUUAACUGAACCUAGGUUUUGGAAAAUACAUAACGUUAGUUUAUAUGUUUAAAAAAAAAUUUGUUUCUUUUACUAACUAAUUAAAAAUAUCAUGCUACAAAAACUGUUGCUCAUUCGUAUACUAAUCAAAUACAACUAUACUUUUUAAUAACACAAAUUGUUACCUUUCAAGCAUGUAAGCAAUUGAACGUGGGUAGUAUCAUCACUUCCACACGUAGCUGUGACAGUAUAUUUAAUGGAAGAAGAACUACAGAA